GUGUCUGUGAGUGGUGUGUUUUACAGUAUAGCUGUUGACACAUGGGUACAGUUUCUCAUCUCCCAGUGAAAGGUGUCUGCAGAUCCUUUUCCAUCAUGAUACACCUCAGAGUGUCAAUACACCCUAAGGCCCUCUCUAUCUCCUCCCUUUCUCACCUUACCCAGAAUCCUUUGCUUUAGUGCAACACACCCAAGCCAACAGAAGUUUUGAUUUGUGUUUUCCCUUUCUUUCUUGUUUCUUUCUUCCUUCCUUCCUUCCUUUCUUUUUUUCAAACACUUUUAAAAUUAUCUUUAUUUAAUAUUGUAUAGAGACAGCCAGAAAUCAAGAGUUGAGGGGUAGAGGUGGAGAGAGACCAACAGACAGCUGCAACUCUGCUUCACUACCCACAAACCUUUUCCCUUGCAGUUGGAGACCAAGGGCUUGAACCCAGGACCUUGUGCAUUGUAACAUGUGAGCUCAACCAUUUGGCCACUCUUUUCUUGUUUCUUAAGCUUCACCUGUAAGUGAGAUCAUGUAGUACUUGUCUCUUUUUGGCUUAUCUCACAUAACAUGAUGCUUUCAAGUUCCAUACAAGAAGAGGCAAAAGAAAUGAUUUCAUCAUUUUUAACUGAGUACUACUGAAUUGUGUAUAUAUCAUAACUUUCUGAGCCACUAUUUGUUAUUGGACAUCUGGGUUGCUUUCAGGCUUGGACUAUUAUAAACUGUGUUGCUAUGAACAAAGGUGUAGACAGGUCUGUUUGAAUAGGGUUUUUUUUUAUUUACUUUGAAUUAUUUCUCAGGAGAUAAAUUUCUGGGUGAUAGAGUAGGUUCAUUUCUACUGUUCUGAGAAAUCUUCAGACUGUUUUCCACAAGGGUUGGACCAAAUUACAUUUCCAGCAUCAUUUGUUGCUUCUGUCCUUUCUAAUGCAUGACAUUCUCACAGGUAUAAAACAUUAUCUCCUUGUUUUUAUUUGUAUUUUUCUGAUAAUCAAGAACUUUAAGCACUCAUAAUAUGUCUGUUAGCCCUCUGCAUCUCUUUCACACAGCAUUUACCUCACCUGUCUCAAGACUUUCAGUUCUGUUAGGCUUUCCAUUCUUCUUAAUAUAGACCUGAACAUCGGGAUACAUCCGCACUGGGGCCAGAUCUCAAGCCACUGUGCCAUUGAAAUUGAUGUAUUUUCAACCUGCAGUCCCAAAGUAAAUGAUAAUCCUGACAUAGAAGCAAAAUAUCUACUAAAACAGAAGUCAAAGAGACAAUGGGAGAUAUUUCCAGUGAUGAUAACUUAAAUGUGGUUCAAGCACACACCUCCAAAAAAGGCUUUUGUUCAGUCCACUAUGGACUGGCCUUCAUCUUGCAUUUCUGUAAUAUUUGCAUUUACACCCAACAAAUGAACAUGAGCAUUGUUAUGCCAGCUAUGGUGAAUAAUGCAACAUUGUCCAUUCAACUCAAUACCUCCACAGAAGCACCACUCACUGACUCCCAGGACAACAGGACUGAAACUCUACAGGAAUAUAAUGCAGUGGCUCCUACAUAUGACUGGAGUCCUGAAACUCAGGGACUCAUCCUCAGCUCCCUCAACUAUGGCUCAUUGUUGACUCCGAUUCCCAGUGGUUAUGUGGCUGGAGUAUUUGGAGCAAAGUAUGUGGUUGGUGCUGGAUUACUGAUUUCCUCAGUCCUGAACCUCUGCAUUCCACUGGCAGCUGAUGCUGGGGUGACCAUUCUCAUUGUCCUUCGGAUCAUCCAAGGCAUAGCCCAGGUUAUGGCCAUAACAAGUCAGUUCUCAAUUUGGGUCAGAUGGGCUCCUCCACUGGAAAGGAACAAGCUCAUCACCAUUUCUUUAUCAGGAAUGGUAAUGGGCUGUUUCAUCAUCUUACUUACUGGUGGUCUCCUCAGUCAGACAACAGGAUGGCCAUAUGUCUUCUAUAUUUUUGGUGGAAUGGGCUGUAUUUAUUCUUUUCUGUGGUUUUUCCUUGUUUAUGAGAAUCCCAUGAAUCAUCCAUUUAUCAGCACUGAUGAGAAGGAAUACAUCAUGUCUUCACUGACUCAAGAGGGUCAUUCACCAGGCUGGUCUAUACCCAUUAAGGCUAUGAUCAAAUCCCUACCACUUUGGGCCAUUUUAUUAUCUACUUUCACCACAUACUGGCGUUUUUAUAUCGUAACAACAUAUUCACCAACAUAUAUGAAUUCUGUGCUUCAGGAUAACUUCAGAGAUACUGGGAUCCUGUCAGCAGUUCCAUUUCUUAUUUCUUUUGUCUCCUAUUUAAUUGGAGGUCAACUGGUAGAUUAUCUGUUCUCAAGAAAAAUUCUUAGACUUAUCACCAUCCGGAAGGUUUUCUCUGUUUUUGGAGUUCUCUUUCCGUCUGGUCUUCUCUUCUCCUUGCACUGGGUGAAGUUCAGCCACAACAUCACCAUUGCCUUCUUGAUGUUGUCUUCAGCCUUUGGCAGCUUCGGUGAAAUUGGAGUUCAAAUUAACUGCAUGGAUAUUGCUCCUCGGUAUGCAGCCUUCCUCAGAGGAGUAUCACAAGUAUUUUCUUACACAGCAGGAGCCAUCUCUCCCACUGUUGCUGGAUAUUUUAUCAGUCUGGAUUCAGAAUUUGGUUGGAGAAACACCUUCAUGCUUUCAGCAGCUAUUGAUAUAGUGGGCUUGAUCUUCUUCCUCAUCUUUAGCCAAGCAGAGAUUCAGGACUGGGCCAAAGAGCAGAUGGACACCCAUUUAUGAACAAACAGAGUCAUGCCACCUUCCAGACACUAGGUUGCAAAUGUUACCAUGACUCCAUCCCAACUUCUCUGGGCAGACGAUCUCACCAAUGGGUCCUGGACCCUCACAUCUCCAGAGCUCUGGUCCACUAAGGAAAGAUAGAAACAGGCUGGGCGUAUGGAUCAACCUGUCAAUGCCCAUGCUCAGCGGAGAAGCAGCUACAGAAGCCAGAACUCCUAUCUUCUGCUCCCCAUAAACAACCUUGAUCCAUACUCCCAGCAGGGGAUUAGUGAUAGGAUGAAGAUAAGAGCACUGUGCACUCCAGCUCCAUCAGCAUCCAGAGAGAGAGAAGGAAAAGGAGAGGGACAUAUGGAGGUAGUUGUGAUGUCAUGAGUGGCUUAGAGGGAAAGAGAGGAGUGAAUCAGAAAAAGGGGCAACUAUGCAAUUAUGUAUAAAUGUGGACAGAUAAUUGUAAUGAUAAUUGUAAUUGUAAUGGUUGUAAUAAUUAUAAUGGUUGGCCCAUGUUUACAAUCUUAGGGGAACAGUGGUGGAUUGCAGUGGGAAGAGUGAAGAUUCAGAACUCUGGUGGCAGGAAUGGUGUGGAUUCAAAUUCCCAUUGACAUGUAAUUCUGUAAUAUAAAAAUAAAUAAAUAAAUAAAUAAAUAAAUAAAUAAAUAAGAGAAAAAAGAAAGAAAGAAAGUUGUUCAGGUCUGAAGCUCAUUAAUGAGAAAUAAAUGUAACUCUCUGCCCUUCACUGGGCCUUGUUCUCAUUCUUUGGUUACAUUUGAUCUGUAACACUAACAGCUGUGUUCCAGAUUUUUUCCAUAACAGUACUGCCUAACAACUUUGCAAGGGGAGUCAGAUGGGAAAGCUAAUUAUUUAAUUGUGAACUCUUGAGAACAUAAAUGUGUUUGAAUGUUUAUGUGCUUGUCACUCUAUCUGAUGUUGUUAUGACAUAAUCAGAAAUUUGUUCUUGGUCUCUGUAAUAUAGUUCGUUUCACAGGGCUCAAAAAUCUCUUGUUAGUUUUCCUGGAAAAAUUCGUAUUAUGAACAUCUUAUGGUAUCAUAUUUGGUUUUUAUCCCUGGAUCUUAAUACAACAAUAAGCAAGACUCUUAGAAUUUCCAGAGUGAUAAUAAUGUCUUUUUUAUUUUUUUGUAUAAUUAAUGAAUUAAUAGGGCCCCAGAUGGAGAUCCUCAGAAAGAUCAAUGAUCGUAAAUCUGGAACUUUUUAUUCCAUCAUCCCUUCUCCAUUGAGAGGAGAGACUAGACAAUAAGUUAUACAUUAAUGGCUAUUUGAUAAUAUAAAAAACUUUCUAUGAAAGUACUAAAUGAGAUUGAGGGUUUCCAGUUUAGUAAACCUAUGAAAACUCUAGGACAGUGGUUAACCUGGAAAAAACAUUAAAGUUCUUCAUUGCUUCCACAUACCACAUUAUACAUCUUUUUCAUCUGCCUUCCUAAAUUAUAUUACUUAUAAUAAAUAAGUAGUAAUGAAAAAACUUUUUCUGAGUUUUAUGAAUUAUCCUAGCAAAAUUUUAAACCUGACAAAGAACUUGUGUAACCUCCUAAUUGACAGUUUAAGUCAAACAGGAGUGUUGGUACCCUUUGUGCCCUUUAUUUUGGCAUCUGAAAUAAAGGAAAUAUAGUGAGACUGAGUUCUUAAUGCAUCAGAUUAAGAAUCUCUGAGCUGUUAAUGUCAUAAUUAAAUUAAACGUAGAAUCC